AUGGCCUCUAAGCAUGACACGGUGACACCGUGGACCGCAGUUCUGGGCUCACCAAACCGAAAACGAGCGCUUUUCCAGUCCAGUUUCCCGCCCAUCCUGCCUUCUACCAAGAAAGGUCGUUCAGAUGAGGUAGUCACCAGCCGCAUUUCACCUCACCAGCCGAAUCAGCGACAUCAGCCGCAGUCUGACCGUCGUCAUCUCCAGCUUAUUUCUCCAUAUCUCCCAUCAAGCAUCUUGAAAAACUUCAGUACAUAUUGGUUUACUACCCUUUCGCUUCCAUUCGUUGGAAGCAUCCAUGACCAAGAGCCUAGCGUCAUCCUUCUGGAUUUGAAUCCACAGCUCACCCCCGAGAGAUCAGCAUUGAUCCCAUUGCACACGUUAACGGCCGAGGGAUCUGCUGACGAGACCAUCCCACUGAUCGCCAACAAAAGUAUGGAUCUGUCACUCAUUUUGGCACCUCGAAACAAUCUUGUCCCCUGGCUGCAGAAACAUGCUGGCCCUCCCGUUCCCGCGACCCAUCCAAAAAGAAUCAUAGAUCUUCCCCCAGAAGUCAUUGUCAAGAUCCUUAAGAUCACCUUCAUUCGCGAACAGUCCGAGGAGGAGACCUACUACCCAUCGUAUCGUCAAGGUAUGCUUGCAGGGUACAUCAGGGUUGGUACAGAUCCGAAGACUGGUCAAGGUGACGAGGUGAAGACAGGAAAUGUCCCUAUCCCAAUCAACGUAAUGCAGACUUGCCGGCUCUUUCAUAAAAUCUCCUGCAGUACCUUCUAUGGCGACAAUAUCUUCUCCUUUAAAAAACCACGUGUCUGUUUUUGGUGGCUGAAGCACAUUGGUCAAAAGAAUGUCUCGUACUUACGAGGUCUUCGAUUGUACAUCACCUCCGGCAUUGACCUGCCUCACCAGGCCCGAAGCUGCUUCGACCUGACUGCGGAGGAAAAUUGGCUUCAAGUGCUCCAAUACCUUCGCACAAGGCAUCGGCUUGAAUGGCUGGCGCUCACUUUUGACACCUUCAUUAGAUCAGAUUUGCCAGAGGAUGGACUUUCUUCGUAUGCACAGGAGAUCAUGCGUUAUCGAUCAAAUUUGAACCUCGAGUUACACAAGUGGCGAGGAAUUCGCACCGUCACGAUCCAUGACCCUGAGGGAUAUCUUGGAGAUACCCGGAAUAGCAGGAAGCUUGAGUUCCUCAUAAGACAACCUGACGAACGAUCCUCGAAUGAGAUCCCGCGCCCCAAAAAGCCUGUCUCCCUUGCAUCCCUCAUGAAGAGCAUCAGAUUGCAGAACAAGGAGAAAGACGAAGCUGCCUGCCAGCAAAGACAUCAACACAUUUUGACAGAGGGUUUACUUCAACAGCAAAGAAAUCUACUCUUAGAGGGCAUCGUGAAACCCAACUUGGGUCCCCAACUACCAGAUCAUGACACAGUGAUAGAGGUCGAUCCCGACCUACAAGAUCAAGACAUGAUGACAGACACCGUGGCUCCCCAGCCACAAACUCGUGGAAUGAUGAUCGAUCUCGAUACGCUGACUCCGACUGGCGAACCUCGGCGCACCAUUAUCAGACGUACUCAUGUUCCUCGAACGAGCACAACAGUGCGCCCGGGCUCUACUUCAUCCAGAGGAGUCUCAAAACCCAGUCAUUACGGCAAACGCCAUCUCACCCGAGACAAGCUCCCUGAGUCAUAGAGGCUCAGUGCGAUGGAUUAACUGCGAAUCUCCCGACAACUUGCAAGCUAUUUGAUGACUACGGAAUGUUUCUCGAAUCAGGCACAGCAGACGUGGCAUUGUUAAUGCCCUGCACAGCACGCCGAAACGUCGAUUGGGAUGAAAUUUCGACAUGUUGGUGCAGUGCCUGCCAUUACUUACAUCGAGAUUAGUUUGGCUUCUUCUUUUCUAGCUCCAUGAUUAGGACGGAUGAAAGAAUGAACAAUAGUCCCAUAUUGGUGCCCAUUAUUCAAGCUUCGGCAUUCUGCCGGACCAGACAUUCCACGGCGCAGGAGUGCUAACACCGAGAACAUGGGAUGACAGCGAUAGAAAAUAG